CGACUGUACACCCAAGUGCUGGAUUCACACUGCAUCCGACGUGCGUCGUACGACGCUCCGCAACCAAUCAGAAAGCAGGAUUUUGCUUCGUACCAUCGGACCGCUUGGCCGUCCGUUAUCAUCCGACGUCGGACGAAAUGUUGGUCAUGAUUCAACAUUUGUCGUACGAUAACGCAGCGCAACCCUCCAAAUCUGGACAAAAUUCGGAAAAAAUAGUUUGCUCAUCUUGAUGCAUUAUAAAAUUUAUGUCAUUAAUGUUUUCAUAGUAUAUGUUUUGCGAAUGUUUUGUGAAUAUUAUAAUACUAAAUUGACGAAAUUGUAUACAAAAUGGAUAACGAAAUUGAGGAGACUUGUGAAUUUUGCUUUCAAGCAAUCCAUUAUGGUAGGGAGCAUAUAUGUUAUAGUGAUGUGAUAGAUUCAUCACAGCAACAAGACGUUAAUGAGCCGUUAACGAUAAUUCAAGAUAUGGAAAGUUUUAUUGAAACAGUGGAACAGACUCGAAUACUAUGGGAUCAUACAAUUCCGUACGCAAAGAGAGGAGCAGCCAGUAUUAAAAAGGCAUGGGCUGAUAUAGACAAAAUGUUUAACGUAGUAUCUGGGACAUCACAAAUCAAAUGGUGGAAUUUACGGGAUACGUAUGUCCGUAAAUUAACGGAACAAAAAAAGUAUGUCGCAAGUGGCAGCGCUGCUUCAUGCAGACCGAAAAAAGAAAUGUGGCCUUACUUUGAAAUGAUGGCAUUUCUACGUCCAUGUGUGUCUUUUAAACGAACUUACAGUAAUAUUGAGGCUUCAAUUGAAAAUAGAAGUUCAUGUUCAGAAAAACAGGGUCACUCGUCGUCAAGUGACAACCAAACGACACCGUUUAAGAAGCCAAUAGAAAGAUAUUCUCAGGAAUUUCUUCAUGAUAAAAGAUAUGAAAGUUCUCACGGAGUACAGUCGUUAAAAACUUUAUCCGAUCGCGCUUAUCCCCUGACUCCGAGUCCUACUGGCUCAUCAACUAGUACCAGUGAUUCUUCUGAAAAACCAAAACGAGCACGUAAAACAAAAGUCUCAACAAGUGACCAAUUAUCACCUUUAGAGUCCAAUUUGAUAAAUCAACUGCAAAUAACGGAUACGGCUCUUAGCAAUUUAUCAACAUCAGAUUCACUAGAUCCGGUAAUCACAUUUACCAAUUAUUUAGGAUCGCGAAUGAAACAAUUAUCAAAAGAAAAAUUUGAUAUUUUUCAAAGAAGAGUUUUAAUGGAGUUGUUCAAAGUUGAAGACGAAUGAAUUACAAUAUAAUGUAUAUAUAAUUCGUUUUCAACUUUAAACAACUCCAUAUAUAAUGUAUUUUAUUAUAUUUAUAUAUUAUAUAAUAUCCGUCUUCAUAUAUUAUAUGUAUUUUAUUAUAGUAUAAUACUUUUAGAUAACUUUUAAUUUUUUGCAUCCUUAUAAUGAAUGAUUUGUGCACCGCUUAAGGAAAAAAAUAAUUUGACAAAUCCUAAAUAUACAUUUAUUAUAUGUUAUAUAAAAUUACUAGACAUAGUUACUUAUUCGGUAAUAUCAACUUUACAAUUCAUUUUGUUUUUUUACAUUUAAUUAUAAAUAUCCAGUUACAUUUAAUCAGAUAUAAUUAGAUAAAAUUUGAUUUGUAUAUAUACAUGACUGUGAUUAUAUAUAAUUGUACAAGAUCAA